GAAAAGGGGGCUUUGGAAUUGUUCAAAAAGCAACAUGGACAGAAGGGCAGAUCGAUCAGAUCAUUGGAUGGAAUUAUCUCAGAAGUCAAUGGGAGAGGCAUGGUCGAACAAGGGUAGUGGUUAAGAUAUUGGAUAAUUCCCGGAAUAUUGAUGUGGAUUUCUUUAAGAAGAUGAUGCCACUUCUUAAAGUUAAAUCCUUGAUCUCUGAAAGUUUGUCCUAUCAUUUAAUCCGAUGCGCAGGAAUUACAAGGGAUCCAGAAACUCGGAAAUAUGCAAUA